GGCAGGCAGGCAGACGUGUUGCAACAGAUGGCUUUACCAGCGGCGGCUCGGCGGCGGCUGCAGCAAGGAACUCUGGGACGCCGUUAGAUCCAGAUAGAGAAAAGGGAGGGAGGGGUGUUAGAAAAGUCACAGCACAGGAAAAAGAAGCCAAGUGAGACCUCUUCUUCUUCUUGUUCUUCUUCUUCUUCUUGUUCUUCUUCUUCCUCCCCCUUCAGGCUACAAACUCUUCCUCUCCAGACAGACAGGAAGACAGUGUCAGAGUUAGUUUAGUGGCUAAAAGGAGCAACAGUUUAAUGGAGGUGAGGUGAUCCGAGCCCUUCAUCCUCCUCUUCUUUUUCCUCUUCUUCUUCCUCCUCCUCCUGCACAUCGGGGGCCAGAGAGGAAAACACCUGCUGACAGCGAGGACGUCCUGAGGGAGGAAACACAGCAGGAGGACUGAACCCAGCAGGAGGCUCACACUGAAGGUUCCUGUUGAGCUGAACACAUUGUGUCAAACUGCACUCUACGCCUGUACAAGACAUUGAGCCUCCACAGGGUGAGCAGCUGAUUGGUUGAUUUUGUCUGGAGGUCAGGGGUUGAGGGGCCAUGGCGGGCCGACUCCUGCUCUUCCUGUUCGUCUCGGUGGCGCUCGGCCACGCCCACUUCCCGUCUGGCCAGCGUCUGAAGCCCCGCCUCCAGAGAGACCGCCGCAACAUCCGGCCGAACAUCAUCCUCAUCCUGACCGACGACCAGGACCAGGAGCUGGGUUCGAUGCAGGCGAUGAAUAAAACUCGCCGCAUCAUGGAGGAGGGCGGGACUUCCUUCUCCAACGCCUUUGUGACCACGCCCAUGUGCUGUCCGUCACGCUCCAGCAUGCUCACUGGGAAGUACGUCCACAACCACAACACUUACACCAACAACGAGAACUGUUCCUCGCCGUCAUGGCAACGGCAGCAUGAGCCGCGGUCCUUCGGGGUGUACCUCAACAACACUGGAUACAGGACAGCCUUCUUCGGGAAGUACCUGAACGAGUACAACGGCACGUACGUCCCCCCCGGGUGGAGGGAGUGGCUCGGCCUGGUGAAGAACAGCCGCUUCUACAACUACACACUGAGCCGCAACGGAGUCCGAGAGAAACAUGGAGCCCAGUACCCACAGGACUACCUGACGGAUCUGAUCACUGCCGAGUCCAUCCGGUACUUCCGCUCCUCGAAGAGAGUGUAUCCUCACCGGCCCGUCAUGAUGGUGCUGAGCCACGCGGCGCCGCACGGACCCGAGGACUCAGCGCCACAGUACAGCACCGCCUUUCCCAACGCAUCCCAGCACAUUACUCCCAGUUAUAACUACGCUCCGAACCAGGAUAAGCACUGGAUCAUGCGCUACACGGGCGCCAUGAAGCCCAUCCACAUGGAGUUCACCAACAUGCUGCAGAGGAAGCGGCUGCAGACGCUGCUGUCUGUGGACGACAGCGUAGAGAAGCUAUACAACAUGCUGGUGGAGACCGGAGAGUUGGAGAACACCUACAUCAUCUACACCUCUGAUCACGGCUACCACAUCGGACAGUUUGGCCUCGUCAAAGGUAAAUCCAUGCCGUACGAGUUCGACAUCAGAGUCCCUUUCUUCAUCAGAGGACCCAACGUGGAGCAAGGCACCAUUAAUCCUCACAUGGUGCUGAACAUCGACCUGGCUCCGACCAUCCUGGACAUCGCCGGCCUCGACACUCCUGCGGACAUGGACGGGAAGUCCAUCCUGUCUCUGCUUGACACCGAGAAGCCCGUUAACAGGUUUCAAGUGAACAAGAAGCCGAAGCUGUGGAGAGACUCGUUUCUGGUGGAGAGAGGGAAGCUACUGCACAUGCUGGUGGAGGGAAAGGAGGUGUCUCAGGAGGAGAACUUCCUGCCCAAACACCAGCGAGUGAAAGACCUCUGUCAGCGAGCCGAGUACCAGACGCCCUGCCAGCAGACCGGACAGAAGUGGCAGUGUGUGGAAGACACCACAGGUAAACUGCGCCUCUUCAAAUGUAAGAACGAAGGCGGAGUAGGCGGAGGAGGAGGAGCAGCGAAGAUCUUCGGCCGUCAGCGUCCUCUGAGCAUCAAGUCUCAGAAGUACAGACGUAACUCUGAAGACUGCGACUGCGACCUCAGCGACCUCCGACCUCCGAGCCUCAGACCCUCCAUGAUGAGGCCGUUCAACAAGAAGCCCUUCUUCUCCAAGAAGAAGUUCAAAGCCCUGAAGAGUUACUCCAGGAACCGUUACAGCCGCUCCGUGUCCUUGACGAACAGUUACCCCGGCAACGACAGCAUGGUGGGCGGGGACGACUGGCCUCAGCCAAUCGGAGACGAGGACGAGUUCAGCGGCAUGGGGGGAGAUCCCAACGGCGUCUCUCUGCCCAACUCACACAAAGUCACACACAGAUGUUUCAUUCUGCCUAACGCCACAGUGAAGUGUGAUACUGGAGUGUAUCAGUCUCUGCAGGCCUGGAAGGACCACAAGCUGCACAUCGACCACGAGAUUGAGACGCUGCAGACGAAGAUAAAGAACCUGCGAGAGGUCAGAGGUCACCUGAAGAAGGCCCGGCCGCUGAAGUGCGACUGCAAUAAGUAUCUGUUUAAGUCCAAACUGAAGAAUAAGCUGAGGUUCAGAGGAGGUGGCGGGCACCCCUUCAGGAAGGGCGGGGGUCGGGACAAGAAGGCGUGGCUUCUGAAGGAGCAGAAGAGGAGGAAGAAGAUGAGGAAGAUGAUCAAGAGGAUCAGGAACAACGACACGUGUUCGAUGCCCGGACUCACCUGCUUCACACACGACAACCAGCACUGGCACACCGCUCCCUUCUGGACAUUGGGUUCAUUCUGCGCCUGCACCAGCGCCAACAACAACACCUACUGGUGUCUGAGGACGAUCAACGAGACACACAACUUCCUGUUCUGUGAGUUUGCCACCGGCUUCCUGGAGUACUUUGACCUCAACACGGACCCCUACCAGUUGAUAAACGCCGUCAGCUCUUUGGACCGGACCGUCCUCAACAAUCUUCACGUGCAGCUGAUGGAGCUAAGAGGCUGCCGAGGACACAAGCAGUGCAACCCCCGCACGCGCUCAAUGGAGCCAGCAGGAGGGAGGGACCUUGGCAGCUUUGAUGACUACAGGAUGUUUGAGAGGAAGAAGUGGCCGAAAAUCAAGAAAUCUCCAUCGUCCCGAACCCUAGGUCCUAUCUGGGACGGCUGGAAGGGCUGAGCCCCCUGAUUGGUCGGAGCAGGGCGUGGUCGUCGAGGCAACGCCUUCAGUCAACAACCACGCCUCCGUUUCACCCGUCAGCCAAUCAGCUUCUGCCAUCUCUGUGACAUCACUCUGCCCUCCCACCCUGCUGCUCAGGGAAUCGCUGGGACAAAACUCUCUUCAUCAGUUGAUCCUUCCUCCUCUUUCUCCUCUACUUCUCUGUGGGGGCUGCUAAGGGGGGAGGAGGAGGAGGAAGAGGAAGAGGAGACGAGGAGGACAUCUUGGUAGUGACAGCUUUUGUAAAUAUUCUCCCCUAGCAACAGUGUUCUCCUUAAGAGGUCAUUCAUUCCUUUGAGUCUUAUUUUCUUAAAAAUAGUUGAAAGAAUUGUGCCGGAUCAGUGAACAUUUUUCUAGUUUCUGAAUCAAACCAUUUGGUCUCAGGUUUUUCCAGAUUCCAUUGCAGAGAUUUCUUUAUUCCUACAAGAUAUAAAGACGUGCUUCAGGAAAAUUCCAGAUUUAUAUUGAAAACAUGUUAUAAAAGGCCCACUUUUUUCAGGAAAAAUACAAUUUAAGGCAUUUGAAGUUAGUUAAUAAAAAAGGUUUAAUUAUUUCUACAUUUUGCUCUGGUAUUGUGUGCAUUAAACCUGCUGUUAGCUUGUUUGCUAGCCGUAAAGAAACUCAAUUCAUGUUUUGUGCACUUCAGCUCGGUAUCCACGAUAUAGACUUUUAAAAAAUCAAUAUCAGUUGUUUUUUCUCAACAAUAAUUUGAGGUUGAAAUUACUUGACAAAUAUUAAUCUGCUAUCUAACUUUAAAGUAUUUUGGUCCGAGGUUUUUUCCCAUAGUUCAGUCUAAAAAGUGACUAGCCUGAGUAUAACUCAGUCCAAAACUUAUAUAAGUAAGAAACAGAGUUUAUAAAACUCCAAACUUCCUCCUCCUCCUCCUCCUCCUCCUCCUCCUCCUCCUCCUCCUCCUCCUUGUCCGAUGACCUCCCAGCGGCCAUAUUUGUUUGACUUGUCCAUAUUUAGUGAUUCUCCCCGUCUUUAAAGACAUUAAAGGACCAGUCUUGUUGUUAUCGUUACUUAACUCUCAGAAAGCAGACAGACUUCCCGGUCGAACACUGAGACCUCUCUGCUGACUUCAUUUUUUACUUCUUUAUUUUUUCUUCCACUAACUUGAGCGUUACCGUGUUACCAUGGUGACCGGCGGCCAUCUCCGACGACAGAGCUCCAGUUGCGUUAACUGCGGUGACUGACUACAGUACCCAUGAUGCAACAGGGCAGCCCUGAAGAAAAACGACCGAACGAGAACAUUUGGGAUUAAAAAUCGCAGAAACGAACAAGGAUUAAAAAACAGGAUGAAAUCUCUUGAUGUCUCGUGACACUACAUGGUGAUGUCAUCGAGGGCUUGUUUUAUGGAGCUUCUAAUAUAGCUGCCACCAUGAGAAGUCUGUGUAGUUGGGUGUUACCAUUUCCUUUUUUCUACCCAUAUUACCCUUCAAACAUUACCGUCCAUUCACUUCCUGUCAGCUGGUUUUAACCUCAGAGUUGUCAUUUGCUGUCACGUUUUUUCCGCCCUCACACCCAGAGUUUAAAAGAUUAGGACCUGUAACUUAUACGAAAAUGUAAAAAUAUAACACGUCUGGAUUCCCACAAGACGUGAACAUGAGAUUUAAGAUUUCAAUUUUUUUGCACAGAUCUGGUGAUUUCAGAAUGUUAAAAACUUGAAUAUGAAGUCAUCAGAAGUCACCUCUCAGACUCUCUUACACUGUUACAUCCUUUGCAUUAUGUGGUAGAAUGUUGUAUUAUUUUUGCGCCACUCUUGCUUACCGCUGCCUUUGUUUGUGACUACAUUUCCCAGAAUGCCUUUCAGCAGAGCGAGAAGGUGUGUCCAGAUUCUUUAUGGUCUUUUCAUAAAUCCCUGGGGGUCAGAAACACACUGGGGUUUUCUGUCUGCAGGUAGAUGAAAGGUGCACUGGGGGAUACAAUUUAGUUGGGUUUUGGUAUCAGCAUGUGAUCUGAAGCAGCUUCUCUGAUUGGCCGUUGUAUCGACCAACCAGGAGACAGAUACUGUUCCUUGUGUAUUUUCUGCCCUCAAAUGACUGAUUACUAAAUGUCACGUUGGAUUAUUUUGGAGUUGAUAAGUAGCUUCUGUGUGGAAAAGAAUUGACCAUGAUUUAGUAUUUAAUACACAUUAGUCAGUUUAAGGGGAUAAAUAUGUUGGUUUAAUGUAGUUUAUAUUGUGUUAAGUGCUCACAUUAAGGUGUGAAGGGUGGUUGUUUGGGUAUGAAUUGUGAAAAUGAGGGGAUUAAAUACACAAACCUGUGACUUUAGGGACUCCCUGACAUACUGGGCUUUAAUGAAUGUGCACAAGUGUUCAUUCAUUGAUGAAAAUACAGCGACUAGUGGGUUUUGAACCUUUUCUGUUCAGCAUCUGGUCUGUUCCUGUCAUCUAUAAUGAAUUUAAGUCUGUUUGAUCACUGAGUUUCCUCCCUAGAUGUGCAUAUACAGCAGAAUCUGACUUUUAUUACAUCAUAUAUCGUAUUUUGACGCCAUGUUUUUGAUCUCAGCAAUAGGAAACACUGCGCUAUAGAAAUGUUCAUUAUGUUAUUUUCAUCCUAACAGUGUAAAAGUGUUCCCGGGUGAUUUCCACUUCCUGUGUGAGUGCAGCCAGUCUGCCGUCGAUAGAGAUUUCUUUUUAAAUUUUAACCCCAAAUGAUCAUAGUAUUUGCUCUGCGGUGCUAUUUGGUGUCUAACAACUAUCUAGGAAAAAAAAUUCCCUGGUUGUGUUUUGAAUGUAUUUGUAAAUGUUUAGGUGUGUUUUCUAAAGACGCGCACUAGAAAAAACGUUCUGGACCAGCUGAGAAAAUCCAGAUCAGAGUCCUGGUUCUGAAGUGUACUCUCUCUCUCUCUCACUCUCACACACACACACACACACACACACACACACACACACACACACACACACACACACACACACACACACACACACACACACACACACACACACACACACACACACACUGAAGGACAAACUGCUGAGCACUUUGAUUGGAGGAUGGAGGGACGAAUGGACCGAUGAAAGGGUUCAUGGUGAAGCGACGACACACGAUGUACAGCCAGUUAAUCCUGAUCUAACACACCUGUACAGUCACCACUGACCUGGAUACAGUGAUUGGUUUUAGUUUGUGAAUAAAGUGUCGAAUGCCAAAAUGUA